GUGCAUAAUAAUUGAAAAUCAAGUUAUCUAAAACUCUUGUUUAAAUACUCUGCCAAUAAAGGUGUAUAUAUAGGAAUAGUAAGUAGCACAAUCAACACUGCCAGAAAUAACAAUGGAAAUAGCUCUGCUUCCUUGUGCAUUCCUUGCAUUUGUUUUGUUACUCUUUUGCUUGAUAAUGUAUGCGGUUUAUGAUUUGUUCCUGAAAGCUAAAAUCCUUCGAGCCAAGCUUCAAAAGCAAGGAAUUGAUGGUCCUAAGCCCAGUUUUGUUUUAGGAAACAUUCCUGAUAUACAAAAGAUCAGGUCUAAGGUAUUGGAAGCAGAUGCUUCGACUUACAAUGUGAAUGAGCCCCUGUCACUUGACUGCCGGUCUAUACUUCUUCCACACAUCAGUCAAUGGACCAAGCAAUUUGGAAAAACAUUCACUUUUGCUCUGGGAAAGGUACAGAUUUUGUAUAUAGGAGAUGGUGAAUUGGUGAGGGAGAUGAGUCAGUGCAAGUCAUUAGACUUGGGGAAGCCAUCUUACUUGCAGAAGGACCGGGGGCCUCUAUUAGGCAAAGGUAUUCUCACGACAAGUAAGGAGGUUUGGGAUCACCAGAGAAAAUCCAUUGCUCCUACACUUUACAUGGACAAAGUUAAGAACAUGUAUUCUAUAGUGCUUGAAUCUGGGAACACACUUGUCAAAUCAUGGGAGAAACUGAUUGAAACUGAGGGCGGAAUUGCAGAUAUAAGAGUGGAUGAUUAUGUCAAGAAAUUUACGUCAACUAUAUUCUCCAAUGUCAUGUUUGGCAGAUAUGAUGCUGCAACAAAGGACUUGUUUUCCAAGUGUAGGGAUCUUAUGGAAGCUUCUGGAUCACCAACAGUACUGGAUGGCCGUCCUUUCUAUAGAUUUUUUCCAACCAAGAAAAAUAAAGAUCAAUGGAGAAUUGAGAAGGAGAUAUACAGGAGUAUCCUAGAUUUAACAAAGAAUUGUGAUGUCAGUGAGAGCAAAAACAUGAUACACACUCUUGUGGAAGCUUCAAAGUAUGGUGAGCUUGGGUCAUCCACGCCUCAACAAUUUAUAGUUGAUAAUUGCAAGGAGCUCUGCAUCGUAGCAAUGGAUGUUCCUGGAAUCACUGGAAUUUGGGGUCUAAUGUUACUGGCAUUGCAUCCUGAAUGGCAAGCUCGUGCACGUGCUGAGGUUUUGAAAGUUUGUGGAGGCCAGAUUCCAGAUUCCGAAAAGCUUGGCAAGAUGAGAGUACUGAAGAUGAUAAUUCAGGAGAUCUUGAGACUUUAUCCUGGAGUAGGAUUUACAGUCCGGGAGGCCCUGGCGGAUGUACAAAUUGGAAGCAAGGUGCGUGUUCCAAAAGGUGUCAACACAUGGAUAUGGCCAAUAGCUAUGCACCGAGACCCUCAGCUUUGGGGACCAGAUGCUCUCAAGUUUAAUCCUGAAAGAUUUUGUAAUGGUGUCUCGGGAGCCUGCAAAAUCCCACAGGCUUAUAUACCAUUCGGCCUUGGCCCACGCACAUGUCCUGGGAAGAACCUGGGCAUGAUGGAGCUCACAGUUAUGUUUUCCAUGGUCUUGGCAAAUUUCUCUUUCUCGCUCUCGCCAAAUUAUUAUCAUGUUCCCAACUUUAAUGUACUUCUAGAGCCUAAGUAUGGAGUCAAACUCAUCUUUCAAAAGUUGUAAUUUUGUAAGGAAGCAGUCCAACCCAUGUGUGCUACAACUAUAUACAUAGCCUAUUUCAGAAGUGAUCGAGAAGUAUCUAUGUAACUUCUUUGUAUGGCAUAGUCCAAAUAUACAAGUUAGAUCUACUGAAUGUUAAAAAUGAAGUGGCCUAAGUCAGUCAUUCUAGUUAGUGUUACUGUUCUAAUGGGAUCAAUCAGUAGUUCAGUACUACGAGUGGUCUUGAU